AUGUCUACUUUCCAGAAGCCCCCGCACGCGGCGUUGAUCGACUACGACUCUGCUCGAUCUUUGCAUGAUGGUAUUCCUUACCAAGGCUAUGGCCAGACACCCUAUGUGACGGCCACGCCGCUGGUUCCUUCCCCCAUGCCCGAUCACGCAAGCCAGAUAUCGGACUGUGUGCCUUACAUGGCGAACGGAGAGUAUGCGAGCUCCUACGAAGAGGCUCGUUCACCAAUGCUGGCCGCCGAGAACCGCCAGAUGCCGGAAGUUGUCUCUUAUUCCCCCCAAAGAGGAUCCGAAGGUACCAGAGUCUUCGUCCAGAUUCAAUCGCCCUAUGAUCUCCAUACAUCCUCCUAUGCGACUCUUUACCUUGUCUUCGGCUCGAAGAAAUGUGAAUGCGUCCCCCACUUCCUCGGCUUCCAGGGUGCUUCAUUCCAGUAUGCGCUUUCCGUCGACACGCCCCCUUUCAGCUCCACGGGCUCUCCAUCGUUCGCAGUUCCCUUGCAAGUGUCCAUGGAUCACAACGACUGCCAUGCAGUCACGCUACAAGUGGGUGUUUAUACCUAUGAACAUGCCUCGAUGCAGUCGCCUUCAGAUGAGUCCCGCAAGCGGAGGGUGCCUUCAUACGCGGAUGAACCUCUGUCGAGGGCACCCAAACGAAUCACCGGCCCACCAAUGCAUGCAAAGGAACCAUCCAGCGUAUCCUCGGCGACCUAUCCGCCGUACCUGCAGUCUUUGCCCGCAGUGAAUAGUUUCGUCAGCCCACAUCAUACGGCGGCAUCGCCGAGAGUUCCUUCGACGCAGUAUCCCGGCCUAUCUACCGCAUCUCAAGCCUCUAUCCGGGCGCCGUCGCCUAUGACUCCAUCAUACAGCCCGUCCUUCCUUGCUGUCAGCAACGAUGCCCGAAGCACUACUUAUACCAUCGGCCAUCCUCUGCGUCAGCAAAACCAAGCAUCCCCAAGCAGGUUCGGGAAUCCAACGCUCAUUCGAACGUCCACGUUGCAGCAGUCGGGCGCAUAUGGCCAAACGCAGUCGUUCAACCCCUAUGCCAUGUGCCCGACCAAGGCAGUGUUGAAGUUGAGUGGUGAUCUUGAUUCAAUGACGGAAAGCUGGUCCAGAGAAGAGCGGGAGGCGAAGCGUCGGUUGGUCCAAUUCACACGGAUGCAAAGCGGCAGUACUAUCCACGCAGAUUUCAAGCCUGUGGCGCCUGAAGAUCGUGCUCCCAAUAGCAUCUGCAUCAGCUGCAUCUACUGGGAUGGGAAAGACGAAUGCUUUGUUACCAGU